AUGGGUUCGCAAAUCGCCCCAAUUCCUAUUACCAUCGUCACCGGAUUCCUGGGCUCUGGCAAGACGACCCUCAUCCUCAACCUCAUCCCCCAACUCCGCGCCCAGAAUCCCUCGUACAAACUCGCCUUGCUAAAGAAUGAAUUCGGCGACCUCGCGGUAGACUCCCAGCUGGCCUCCAGCUCAGCCAUCUCCGGCGUCCAAGAAUUGCUCAACGGAUGCAUUUGCUGCAAUCUCGUAGGCCAGCUGGGCCCUGCGCUUGGAGAACUCGAAAAGACUGUCGUACCAGAUCGCAUCAUCAUCGAGACGAGCGGAUCUGCGUUCCCGGCCACCCUGGCGCUGGAGGUUAACCGAAUCGCGAGAGAUACAGGCAAAUAUGUUCUUGACGGAGUCAUCAGCGUCAUUGACGUGGAGAAUUGGAAGGGCUACGAGGACACGAGCUAUACGGCAAAGAUUCAGGCGCGAUAUACCGACUUGAUUGUGUUUAACAAGUGGGAGGCUGCGGGCGAGGACCGAUACGAUGAAUGUCUGGACAGAGUGGGCGACUUGGACAUCGAUGUGGCCCGUGUGAGGAGUGACAAGGGUUCGGUGGACAUUGGUGUCGUGUUUGGUAUCGAUGGAGGCCUGGCCAGGGAAUUGACGGAAGUCCAAGUCAGCGGAGAGCAUAAUCACGAUCACCAAACGAAGGGCGACGGUCAUAACCACGGUCACAGCCAUAGUCACCAAAGCGAGGUCGAAGUACUCUCAAUCGAGCUCAAAGGCGACAGUGGCGCUGCCGUCUCCACGGAUACGCUGCUCAAUUUUCUUAGGGCGGCUCCUAAAGACGAGGCAUACCGCAUCAAAUCCGUCCUUACUCUCUCAUCCACACCUAGAAACUCCGACCCAGACGUACCGCAACCCGAACCCCAUCCGCGUGGCCGGUACAUCUUGAACUGGGCAUUUGGUCGAUGGACGUUUACGCCCCUUGCUGAGACUGCUGAGGAACACUCUUCGAGCAACGGCGUUGUAUUACGGAUGACGAUGAUAAUGGCACGAUACGAGAGUAAUAAGUGGAAGAAGAGGAUAGAGGCUGGCUGUAUGAUAGAAUUAGAAGGUGAGGAUAAGGGGGAGUUGGUUGUUAAGAGGAUAUUGUAG